GAAAAAAAACGGAGAGAACAAAAGAGAUGCGCGGCGAAAAGCUGACUGUCGGCAGAUCUUCCGCGAGCGUCGUUUUUGCCGCAUCUGCGGAGCGCGAGAAAGUGACUGCGGAGACGACGCGAGACAGCCGAGUCCGUGUCGCUCGAAUUUUUUCCAGGUUUGCAUGCAGCGAGGGGAUUGAGGAGCGCUUUCCACGUCCUUUUCGAGAAGAAGCGCGAAAAGGUUGGACAAGUUUCCUUGCAAAGAGCCACUGUGUGUCUGAGAAAACGCGUUUUUCCGAUUCGUACUUCUGGCGCUCCCCCUCCCCCACUCGGGUGCAGAUUUGCAGACCCGCCUCUGCCGUUCUCAGCUCCAUUCGCGGAGAGAAUUCUGUCUCGGAUUCAGUCGUCCCAGUGGCAUUUUCAAUCUUCAGAAGAAGCGCACUGUUUCUGCGGAAGAAGGCGGGCGUCCGACGCACGCGGAGAGCUCCGAAGGAGUGUCUGCUCUGGAGAGAGAGUGCAUAUUUGCCUUCCUUUCUCUCGACGCUGGGUCUCUCGCUCAGGUCUUCGCUGGUCUCUUCUUUUCCGCUGUCUCUUCUGUCCUAGGCUUCUCCCAGAGGCUUCUUCCCUCUGUCUCCUCCGCUUUGUCCUCUGCG